AUGAAAUACUUCAGGCCUGUCUUUCGAUGCGAGUUUGAGGGGGCGGCAGAGACGCAGCGGGUGACAAAUGGGAAGGAUGUAAAAGUUGAUACCGCUAUCGUGGUGGCUACUGAAGAUGUCUCCGGGUACAGGGUCAAGGCGAGCCCGAAACUGGUGGACCGCUGGCUUGAUGCGUCAGUCAGGCUGGCUGGGUCGGCCCCAGUCUUUCUAUUCAUCAUCGCUGGCCUGUUAACGUGGGCCUUGAUGGGCAUUCGUUUCGGCAACUCGGACGUCUGGGUUGCUGCUAUCUCCGACGUUCAAGCUAUUUUAUGUUAUGUGUUCGAUUCUUUCCUCAUGCGCCAGCUGCUCCGCGAGUACUCUGAGCAGCGCGAAGCCGUAAUUGAAAUUCAGUCUCGGUGUAACAGUCAUCAACGCAUGAUCGCCAGUGUCAAGAAGAAGCUGGGAGCGGAAGGGAUUCGUCGUGUUUCCGAGAAGUGCAAUGUUGAGCCUCUCGAAGCGCUGGACCAGGGGCGCACGCAGUCUCUCUUUGCCCGGUGCGUCAUCGUCUCGGCCAAGACAUUCGGACAUGUUGUCAGCGGCGGUCUCUACUGGGUCUGCAUUUUCAUCUGGCUGGGAUUCGGCCCGCAUUGUGGUUGGUCGAAUCGGUGGCAACUCUACAUCAACGACGCGACAUCGGCGCUGAUGGUACUAGUAUUUGCGUUCCUGGCCUGCCUGCGGGAAUGUUAUGCCGAACAUACGAAUAUCUGCCUGGACGCCAUCUUCCGACUCGAUGCGACUCUCGAGAAGGAGCUUCGUCGCCUCAGCGAGGAUGACCUGCCGAACCAGAUGGAGGUUUGGUUGCCUCCCAAGGAGAACUCCCUGCAGGUGUUGAUCUUUUACUACGCCGACGUCAUUGGCACCUUGGUCGGCAUGAUCUUCCUCGUGCUGGUAAUCAUCGCCUGGGCAGCUGUCGGACCUGUCUUUCAUUUUAACAGUAAUUGGUGGCUGCUCAUCGGCACGUAUGCAGGGUUGGUUGGUCUGUUCGACAGUUUCGUCCUCCGCAACAUCCAAGGCAAGGUGCAACAGUACAUCCAUCGUCAGAUUCGGGUUGUGGAAAAGGGAGACUUGGGACUCUUCGCGGGACUGUCAGUGGCUAUCCCUUCAACUGGAAGCACCAAGCGCCCGUCUCUGAGCCAGCACGUCUCCCGCUGGAUGAAUGUCGUCAGCUCCCAUCUUACAAUGGUUAUCGCUGGCUUCUUCCUCACCAUUGGUUGUCUUGUCGCUUCAAGCGCGAUGGAGUGGAGUCUCACUGGACAGUUGAUUUCGAACGUGCCUCCCAGCAUUAUCGAGACAUUCUUUAUGAUCAUACUCAUCACUGGUCAGAAUGACGCGGAGGCCAGCGCCCAUAUCGACCUGACAAACAUCUACUACCGGCGCCAGCGACUGCUGUCUUUUAUGAAGCAUGCAAAGAAGCUCUGUGAAGAGCAGAAGCUUUCCGAGGAUGCUACGGUUUCUGCACCGUGA